UCUCAGAAAACAAGUGGUUGUCGGUGCGUUUACAAGACAUGGAGUUGUCUAUAUGCUUUUGUAAGGGUAUACUUCAAGCAUAAAACAAUAAUGUGUUAAAAGCUACAUUCGUGUUUGUACUUGUGUUAUAUAAACAAUAGUUAGCUGUCGGAAGAUUGCGUCUACACUCAAGAUAUUGACCUGGCAGCCCAAGACGUUUUGACAAGAAGUAAUUUGUUUUUUUUCCUUUCCGCGAAGUCAAACAUUAUACUUCCGCUCCGUUGUAAACCACCAUGCGUAAUCCCCACACGGACACUCGACUUUUCUUUUGUUGCGUUCCAUUGAUGGCAACCCGAGCUUUGGACUGUGGUUCUAAUCUCUUGUAAUCCGCCUGGCAAAAGUGGGGAUUAGGAUCUUGGAUGAAGGGAUUUUAUCCGUCUUGAUGAGAGAAGACAUUGCUGUAUAUACACUGUACAAGAUGAAGCAUCAUUCGGAGAGCUAUAUUUGAGUGUGUGGUGAGUUUCUCACCUCAAUUUCAAACUGCAGCAGUUUGACAUCUUUAAUUCCAAGUCUGCGAAUCACACGAAGUUCCACUGUCUGCUGUGGAUCAAUCGGGUGGUCGUAUUUGUCUUGCUAUGGUCUUGGCGAACACUUCCCUCAUAUGGCCAUCAGGCAAUGAAGAAGCAUGGAAGAAGUAACCGGUCGUUACUCGUCGGUUCUUUUGGGAUGGAAGACAUAUUAACCAAGAAUAACUCCCGAAGUGCUCUUGCCACCACACUUGUUUCAUAGAACAAUAAGCGAAGAAUAAACUACCAAGUUUCCUUGGACUUUGGCGAUCGAUCGGGAGGGGAUCACCCGGGUUGAACUGAAUUUAUAUUACUUCAGUUUUCGUUCUUCAUUCUGUGACUGAACUGUGACACGCCGCCGUCGUCGGUCCAGCAAAAGAAACCAACGAGAGAGAGGAAAACAACCGCAACCCAAGUUCUAAAAACAAUUUGUCGUUUUGACGGAAUAAUCUGUCUUUGUUUUAGAUUUUGGUUGUUUGUGUAAAGUAAGAAAAGAUAACGCCAGCGACGAAUCAAUUACCGAAACCAUUGACCUUGUCAUCAAUAAAGACUCAUCCCCUGAGAUGGCUUCUUUAUUUUGGCCCCUCGUUGUUAUGUCCCAAUUAUUUGGUAUCACCAUGAUGGCUGUUAUGGUUAUAUGGCUGCAGCAUCACGUCGGUGGUUUUACAUGGGGCGGUACCGGUGGAUACCACCCGUUACUUCUCACCACAGCUUUGGUGUUCCUGUUUGGAGAAGCUCUCUUGUCGUUCCGGACCUUCAGUCGAUGUCGGCUCCCAUACCUGGGCCAGAAAGCAAUCCACGCCACUGUUCACACAGUGAUUAUUAUUCUGGUCAUUGUCGGUCUGCGAGCUGCGACCAUUGCCAAGGAUGGGGAAAAGGUACACGUGCAUCAUUACUCCAUGCACAGCUGGCUUGGAAUUCUUACUGUCGUUUUGUUUUGUGCUCAGUUUAUUGCGGGUUGUGUUUAUUAUGGUGCCGAGCGAUUCCUUCGUGAGGACCAUCCGCUGAGGGCGCACUACCCUCAAAUCCACGUUUUCUUUGGAAUCUUCAUGCUGGCCCUGUCCAUAGGCUCUUGUCUUACAGGGUUGAAUGAACUUGCUAUUUAUCAGAUAUUGGGAUAUUCCAAAGGAGUUGUGUCCGGUGCUGUCGGCAACAUAUACGGUCUACUGAUGGUUUUCUUUGGGGGUACCAUUGUCUUCAUUACAACCCGACCAGAGUUCAAGACGGAAACAUUGCAAACUGUAACCUCAGACUCACGUGAUCAGACCGGGUACCAGGAAGCCUUGCCUGGUGUACAAGUAGUCAGUGAUGAUGGGCUCAAGAUGGAACUGAGGGAUUCUGAUUGAUUCAACAGUUAUAUGUGUGAACACGAAGAAUUAAGUGAAGAAAUAAAAAAAAAAUUAAAUACUGCUUGGAAAUGAGCACUAAAUGCUGAAAAAGUACUAUAUAAUUAUUGACAUUUCCAUGCAACAAUCGGGCACGAUUGUUUCCGAAUAGUAGGCCUAAUCACCUAAUUGCGAAUACAGAAUUCGAUAAGUUGCAUGGCUAGAUUUUUAAUCAUUUUUUCAUGAGCGAAUUAAUUUCGAAAGAGUAUUAAUAAUUAAAUACUCAAUAUAUAUACUAAAUAAUUAAGUACUAUAAUAGUACAAAAAUACUCAAAAUAACUGAUUCACUAUAGGCCUGUUUCAUCUUAUAUUGUUUUGUUUAAUGAAAUAUAUUUAAGACGAUUUGGGGUUGAACAAAGAAAAGUCCACAUUGGCUGGAUUUGAACCAAUGGCCUAUCUAGCUUUCUAGCCCAUGUUUGACGGUCUCCCGUUUUUCCAAUAUCUUUUUUUUUCCCCGGGGCAGUCAGAAACAGAAGUCAUACUACCAUUAUGCUGGGCCUCUGUCUUUUUCCGCCAGUGCCCAAUAACUUCAAUGUCAAGUUCUCCCUUUUGUCUGAAUGGCUAGGCUGAGGGAAAAGACAAAUGCAUACAUUCUUUUUAGUCCAACUACCAAUACAACACCAACAAAUUUGAAAAGUUUGAUCAUAAAAUAAAUAUUAUACGUACAUUGUUCUUGACGAAGAAUUUUUGCAGUUCCAUUCUACCUCCAUGGCUAGAUGAACCCACGAAUUAUCAACAUCAAAAACAGGAGGGGUGGCGGCCAUUUUUGUCUUCUUGCAGUCGUUGUGUCUCAACACCUAAACCUGGCGCGCACGACGUCUAAAAAUCGUAUUUGAAAACGAUAUGAACUUGGGAAGUUCCCAAUUCAAAGGAUACAGUAACAGAAUUGUCUUUCAUGCAAGGUAGAGGGCGCACUUCAAAAAUAAUAGGGGUGCACAAACCAUCGGGGACAGAGGCCAUGCUCGCAAUAACUCGUACAGUCUCACUACACGGUUUAACUCCAACCUGCAACAUUCCAACAAAUAGGUCUAACGCUGGAAGAAUGCACCAGGUGGUCGCCGAUUGUUUUGGCCAAUCAGACAAUGCUAAAGAAGAAUGGCAAUAACAACCAACUCCCUUUCAUCCAAUCAGAGAACGUCAAUGUGAUAUGCCAAAAAAUUGGCUGUCCAAUCAGAUAACAUCAAUGGGACUUGCUGAAAGUUUGGUUGUCCAAUCAGGUAUCGUCAGACGAUAACAGUGAGGCUAAAAAUUGCGGAAAGUGUGCACGUCUGAAAAUAAUGUAAUGCGAUAUCAUUCAUUCUUCGAGUUGAUGAAAGGACACCGGUAAAUGUCAAGUUGCGAGUAAAAAUGCCAUAAUUUUCACUGGAAUUCCAACAAUUUCAAUGUCGUUUGUUAUUGGGAGUGUCUGCAAGGAGCGCUUGUUGUGUAAGUAGAAUUUAUUUACAUAUUUUGUUCACAUAGUUUAAUUUAGUUGCGAUAACGUAACCCUCCCCGACGGCUGCCAGGAGGAGGGUUACGUUAUCGCAACCAAUGGUGGGCCCUAAUUAAAAGGGAAUUUCUGCUAGUGUUAUGAUGUUCUUCCUCCUUCGGAUUUCCGAAUUGUUUGCCCUUGGAAUAAUACAGACAAAAUGUGACUAAAUAGGCUGAAAAGUCUGUUAAAGCUUACCCAAUGUGUACGUGUAGGUCUGCCCAUGGAAUUUAUUCCUCCAUGGUCUGCCCUUCCCUAACAAAAUCUUGAGGACCAAAUGCCAUGCAAUUAGUACACGGACGUACGAUGACCGUACCAAUACCAGAUGUGUUCCGAUCAUAAUGAGCAGGCGACGUACAGGAACGAGACGUGUUUUAUUCCAGAUUACUCGACAAUAUAAAGGCUCUCGUCAGUAGACAUUUUCGGGCGAAACAGUGCAGGAAAUUUGGGGUGAGCAAGAAGAUGAAGAAGAAAAAUGGGAGAGAAAGCAAAACAUUUUUACUCGGUAUUGUUAUUCAGAACAAAUGUUUUUACCUGUGUAAACUUGCGGGCAAAUCAACCAACAUGUCCCGCCCAUGAAAGUAACCACCAUUGCAUUUGAUUGUCUUCAAAUUGACGUAGAGUUGUCGUAAAAUCAUCAUGAAAUCAUUACAAAAUCAUUGACACUGAAAAUGGUUGUACAAUUGGAGGUCAUUGUUGUGUACAUGUUCACAAUUUCUUUUUUGAGAUGCAUGUAUGGUAGAAGGUAUAGGCAUGAUUAGGAGUGCACUGUUUGGUUUUACUAGAAAGAUUUACCCCAUUGUCAGAUUGUGUCGUAUAUUUAGUAUUGUGUCCCCCAUAUCUCAAAAUGGAUUAAGCCCGGUCCAUACUUCCUGCGAAUGCGUUUGUAAUACGAAUGUUGACGUCACAAAUUCACAACGAAAUUCGCACUGAGUUCAGUUGAGCUCAACUCUCUUGCGAAUAUCGCGGCGAAAGAGGAGUUGUGACGUCAAAUUCACAUAAAAAUUUGCAUCGCAUUCGCAUUCGCAGGAAGUAUUAACCGGGCUUUAUUGUUCCUGUAUCACCUUAAAAUAAAAAUUAAAAUAAAAUUUCAACAUAGAAAGACUGUGCAAAGAAUACUUCAGAACCGAUAGUUUAACUGAAACAAUUUAUUGAACAUUGCCAACAUACAAAGUUUGUUUAGCUGGAAGAAAAUCAUGAUUUUACAAGUUGAUCCUAAAACACCAGAUUCUAAUUUUGACACGAGUUGAAUGCUUAAUUUACUUUUAACAUUCUAUUUAUUCAUUAACAGUUAACAAAUCUUUAAAAA